UUUUUCUAUAAUUGUAUGUGUAUUCUCAGCACCCCGUCUCACACUCUGCGACGGGAAUCCGUAGGGAGAUUCUCACUGACUACACAUAUUUCUACGUUUGAACGCGGAAUCCACACGUUGUUGGUCUCUUACAUCUUGUGCACGGGUCAAGACAUCAUAGUUUUUUCAGCAACCCAUCGAAACUGAGUUCCACUUUUUUCAAGAACCGUGGACCACACGCACAGAGCAUUAAGGAUGUUGGAGCUGUGGCGCAGGCCACUGGAGAUGUGCUUCGGUGGUGGAAGCAACGAUGAUAGCCUCCUCUGGCACACGGACCUCAAACCUCACGCUUCGGGAAACUAUUCAAUCGCAGUGGUUCAAGCUAAUUCCUCCUUAGAAGACCAAGCACAGGUAUUCACCUCUCCCUCCCAAACCUUCGUUGGCGUAUACGACGGACACGGUGGACCCGAAGCUUCCCGUUUCAUCACCAACCACCUCUUCACCUUCCUUCGCAGGUUUGGAGCAGAGGAAGGUGGGUUGUCCGAGGAGGUGAUAAAGAAGGCGUUCGAGGCGACCGAGGAGGAGUUUUUGCGUGUAGUGAGGGAAUCGUGGAUUGCGCGGCCGCAGAUAGCUUCGGUGGGUUCGUGUUGUCUUCUGGGAGCGAUUUCGAACGGCGUUCUUUAUGUGGCGAAUCUGGGGGAUUCGAGAGCGGUUUUGGGACGGAAAGCGUUGGUGAGAGAGGGGAAUUGUGGUCCUGUUGUGGCAGAGCGUUUGUCCACUGAUCAUAAUGUUGGAGUGGAGGAGGUUAGAAAGGAGGUUCAGGCUCUUCACCCUGAUGAUGCACACAUUGUGGUUUGUUGUCGUGGAGUUUGGCGAAUCAAGGGCAUUAUUCAGGUUUCAAGAUCAAUUGGAGAUGUAUACCUAAAGAAACCAGACUUUGACGCUAAUCCUCUGUUCCAACAAUUUGUAUGUCCACUAUACUUGAAGAGACCUGUGAUGACAGCUGAACCAUCGAUAUUGACACGGAAAUUAAAGGUAGAUGAUCUGUUUUUGAUCUUUGCAUCAGACGGACUUUGGGAGCAUUUAACUGAUGAAGCGGCUGUCGAAAUCAUCUACAGAAGCCCCAGAAUAGGAAUAGCAAAACGAUUGGUGAGAGCUGCAAUAGAAGAGGUUGCAAAGAAAAGAGAAACGAGAUAUGAGGAUUUAAGGAAAAUUGAGAAGGGUCUAAGGCGUCAUUUUCAUGAUGAUAUUACAGUGAUCGUUCUGUAUCUCGAUCAUUCAGAUUCACAAGAUUCUCUAGAGGGUAGGUCAAGACAUCAAGGAGUUUAUGAUUGCGUUAAUACCCCUAUUGAUAUAUUCUCUCUGAGAGCAGGUGAAGCUGAUCUUUAAGUUGAAUAAGCUACUAGCAGUCGCAGUGUCUCGACCCUUGACUUUUUUGUACCACGAAAUUGAUCGCAUUGGUAGCUAACCGUAGCCAAAUGAAAGGGAUUGUAAAUGUGAUGAAAACGGGUAAUUGUAGAUUUAAAAUAUAGCCCUACAGAAAAAUGAGGGCAUAUUUAAUUUUGUUGUUGUUACUUACAAUUAGAGUAAUCUUAUUCUUAUUUCAAAAUCUCUGUAACACCUUUGGUCUUUUACGAUGAGGUGAGAGGGGGAAAAAGUCAAAUAAGGUAAAUGAUCAAUGAUUUGGUUGAGAAAACAAAAAUAGUGAGAAGUGUUUAGAGCUUUUGAAAUGAGAAUUGCAUUACUUAAUUUUGAUUUUUUUUUUUUGUGUGAUCACCUUAAAUAGGUGACACAAAGUUUAUUACUUAUUUAUCUUUAACGAGGUUGUACGAUUUGAAUUAUGAAAGUACAAAUCAAAAUUAAUUAUUUAUAUGAAUGACAUUAAUUAUUUUUA